AUGGAGGAACACCUAUCGGCCGUUGACGCCGACGCACCCCUCCGCCCUGAGAUUCACCUCCGGCGAUCGAGCCGGGGCUUGUCUAGGGUUAUGGGACCUAAGGACAUCGGCUCACCGACAGCGGGGAACAUGCUCGGGCUGCUGCACGACGGGGACGAGCCUCUGGACCGCCUGCAGAUCGAAAAGCGCAAGCAUGAGACGAAGGAGGACAUGAAACUUGCCAUUGAAGGGCUGGCGCGGAUGGAGCGUCGUCUGCGAAGUGCUACAAAGAAGCAGAAGCUGCAGAUUGAGGAGGAGACUUGCUCCUCCGAUCCACCCAGAUCUGCGAAGGACCGAGGGACCGAGGCGACGAGCGUGAGAGAAGUCGCUGCGAAAGCUAGAGAGGCCGCUGGAGAGCUCGCCAACGGGGGACAGCUGCCCACACCGGAGGAGAACGAAAAAGAUAACUUUGCCAGAGCUGUCACGGGCGCCGGCGGGCCGGACCCCGAAAGCGAAAGAAUCAGCGCCCCAGAUGAGAUAUCUGACGCCCCAGAGCGCGGUUCGGCCAGACCACCGGCCGUCAAUAGCAGCUACCUGCCACUUCCAUGGAAAGGCCGCCUCGGCUACGCAUGUCUCAACACCUAUCUGCGCUCGGCUAAAACUCCCGUCUUUUCUUCUCGUACCUGCCGACUGGCCUCCAUUAUCGAUCACCGGUACCCGCUUGCUGAUCCCUCCCAGCCGGAGCACUCCGUCAAAAACCGGCCGGACAAGUCCAAGGAACCCUCUGUGGAGCGGGGCCAGAUGUUCGUCCAAAAGUUGGGUCUGGCUAACGCCCGCGAUAUCAUCCGUAUGGUACGGUGGAACGAGAGGUAUGGUAUCCGGUUUAUGAGGCUCAGCUCUGAGAUGUUUCCCUUUGCCAGCCAUGAAGCGCACGGCUAUCGGCUCGCGCCGUUUGCUUCUGAGGUUCUUGCUGAGGCCGGGAAGGUCGCUGGUGAGUUGGGCCAUCGCUUAACCACCCACCCAGGCCAGUAUACCCAGUUGGGGUCUCCUCGAAAAGAAGUGGUCGACGCCGCGAUCCGGGACCUUGAAUACCAUGACGAGAUGCUCAGCCUCCUCCAACUGCCUGAACAACAAAACCGCGAUGCCGUCAUGAUCCUUCACAUGGGUGGCGUGUAUGGAGACAAGGCGGCCACGCUAGAAAGGUUCCGUCAGAACUACGCCAGACUUUCGCCUUCGGUCAAGGCACGCCUCGUGCUGGAGAACGACGAUGUCGGAUGGAGUGUACACGAUCUUCUCCCCACUUGCGAGGAGCUCAACAUUCCUCUCGUCCUAGAUUACCACCACCACAACAUCAUCUUUGACAACACCCAGUGCCGGGAAGGCACCCUCGACAUCAGCGAACCAGCGCUCCAAGCCCGCAUCGCCGCUACUUGGACCCGCAAGAACAUCAAGCAAAAAAUGCACUAUAGCGAACCCUGUCCCGGCGCCGUGACCCCGCGCGACCGGCGCAAGCACAGUCCUCGGGUCAUGACCCUGCCCCCCUGUCCACCAGACGCCGAUCUUAUGAUUGAGGCUAAGGACAAGGAACAGGCAGUAUUCGAGCUCAUGCGUACCUUCAAGCUGCCCGGGUUUGAUCGCAUCAACGACAUGAUCCCGAACCAGCGUGAGGACGAGCCGCGGCCCGCAGUCAAGCCGCGCAAGAAGCAAAAGCCGGCCGGCAACCUCAAGAGGAAGCGGGCACCAGACGAGGAGGCCAUCGAACUGAACGAUGAAGGGGCCGGCGCCGGAGAUCAAGAACAUGCCGAUGGAGCACGUGAAGUUUCCGACGAGGACUACGCGAUGGGCGGACCGGCAAACAGGGUGUAUUGGCCGCUCGGGCGGGAGGAUUGGCUCAAGCCGGCGCAAACUGGAAAUGGCUGA